UUCGUGCUGGCGCCUCAUCCUUCUGAGUCCGGGGUCCACGGAGCUUGGCGCUGGCGGGGAAGCCAGGCAAUUCCGCCUUACUUCGCUCUGUAUGAGGGAAACCCCUCGGAGGGUAGCUUCCUUUCUAAUUUUUGUCAUAUUCUUUCGCCUCUAAAAGUUCUCAUCCCUGGGAGAAAAAAGUCACUCCUGAAAUGUUAGCUUCCAUGAAGAGGCUAAGAAAAUGGAUGAAAAUAAAGAAACUGAUUCAAAAGAUAGUGGAGAAUAUGAAGAUGACUUUGAAAAGGACCUGGAAUGGUUGAUUAAUGAAAAAGAAAAAAGUGGUGCCAGCAUAAUAGAGAUGGCUUGUGGGAAUGAAGAGAAUAUUAACCAAGGCUUAGAAGAGAAUGAAACAGAAAUAGAACAUACCAAGCAGCUUUCUGAUCCUGACAAAUCUUUCAAGGAUGAGGUUUCAUCAAGAAGAAAUGACUUCAUUUCUGUACCAAGUAUUCAACCUUCUGAUCCCAUAUCAGAUUCAGACAGUGAAAACUCUUUACAGGAAUCCAAACUAGAAAGCCAGCAAGACCUGGAGGAGGAAGAGGAUGAGGAAGUAAGGAGAUAUAUUAUGGAGAAAAUUAUACAAGCCAACAAGCUUCUACAAAAUCAAGAACCCGUGAAUGAUAAAAGGGAACGAAAACUUAAAUUCAAGGACAAAUUAGUUGAUUUGGAAGUUCCUCCUCUGGAAGACACUGAUACUUACAAAAAUUAUCUUGAAAAUGAAAGUAAUGUGUCUGGAAAACUGUCUCAGUUAUGUAUUUCCAAUGAAUUUGGACAAGAAAAUGUGCUCCUGUCACUUACUGAUGGAAAUUCUGAAGAAAACAAGGAUAGGAAAAUACUAGUAGAGAGAGAUGGAAAGUUUGAACUUCUGAAUUUACAAGACAUUGAGAGUCAGGGGUUUUUGUCCCCCAUUAAUAAUGCUAAUUAUACAGAAAAUGAACCUCAGCAGUUGUCACCCAUAUCUCCCAAUUUAUCUGUCAGUGGAGUCAAGAAAGAAGAGCCAAUAGCAACAAUUCAUGCUCUAGCUCACUCAACAACAGAAGAGCAACUGGCUUAUAUCCCUCAGCCACCAGCCAACCCCAACACUCAUCCAGGUUCUGCUGCCAACUCAGAUCGAAGUAAGGGGAAUGGAAAAUCUAAUCAUAGGACACAGUCUGCAGAUGUAUCUCCAGUGACCUCAACAUACCGUCUCUCUCCUCGACAGAAAGAACUGCAAAAACGACUAGAACAAAAGAGAGAAAAGCUAAAGAGAGAGGAAGAACAAAGGAAAAUAGAAGAAGAGAAAGAAAAGAAAAAAGAGAAUGACAUGGUGUUUAAAGCAUGGUUGCAAAAGAAGAGAGAGCAGGUCCUAGAAAUGAGGAGAAUUCAGCGAGCAAAGCAAAUUGAAGACAUGAACAGUAGACAGGAAAACAGAGAUCCACAGCAAGCUUUUCGAUUAUGGCUUAAAAAAAAGCACGAAGAACAGUUGAAAGAAAGAAAGACAGAAGAACUGCGAAAGCAAGAGGAAUGCUUAUUCUUCCUUAAAGGAACAGAAGGCCGUGAAAGGGCCUUUAAACAAUGGCUAAGAAGGAAACGGAUAGAAAAACUAGCAGAGCAACAAGCUGUCAAAGAAAGAACUAGGCAACUCCGACUGGAAGCAAAGCGUUCUAAACAGUUACAGUACCACCUAUAUAAUAUGUCAGAAGCCAGAUCUUUUCGUUUUACUGAUCAUUACAGCUGAAGGUAUCUAUUAAAUACUUCAUUUGGAAGCUGCUGUCCUCAAAA